AUGAUUGCUAAAAAUAAAAUGAAUCAUGCAAAUUCAGGGGAGUCUUCCCUUUCCACCAUUAUUCCCUCGACUCAAAUCUAUAUUUAUAACACAUUACUAACAAAUAAUUUAGUUCCACCAAUACCAGUUUUCAUUAAAAGAGGGAUUAGAUCGGCCGACUUUUGGAUUAAUAUUUUAUUAUGUUUAUUAGGAUUUUUACCAGGUUUAUUACAUAGUUAUUAUAUCAUCUCAAUGUAUCCUUAUCGCGAAGGAUAUGCUAGAUUAGGUGGUGAUGGCCAUAAUAACCGUAGUGGAGAUUAUGGAGCAACCGUAGGUUAAGUAUGUAAGGCAGUGUUUCCUCUAUAAGUAUAUAGGUUAUAUGACAAUAAAAUAGCUCUUAUUAUUAU